AUCGGUGACAGGUAGUACAUGGCUGGGAGGUCGUUACGUCAUCAGUAGUCGCCAGGCGUUGAGUGUUCGGGGCAUGCGCGGCUCUUCAUGGACUAGCGUUUCUUGACUUGGAGGAAGAAAAUGGCGCAUAUUACCAUAAAUCAAUAUUUACAACAGGUGGCAGAGGUUAUUGAAGCAAAAAAUGGCAAUUUCUGUUCAGAACUGGUUUCCUUUAGACAUGCCCACAUCGCAAACCCAAGACUGCAGUUGUCCAGCCCAGAAGACAAAUGUCAACAGAUGUUGGAACCUCCCUAUGAUGAAAUGUUUGCAGCUCACUUAAGGUGCACUUACGCUGUUGCAAAUCAUGAUUUUGUGGAGGCAUACAAAUGCCAAACUGUUGUUGUUCAAUAUCCUUUUUUAAGUGAUAGAAGUAUAUAUCAAGGUUGUGAUUUCCUAUCUGACUCAGAAAGCAGUAUCUCUAUAUUUUUAUCCUCUGUUCUAAAUUUUUCCCUAACCAUAGUUACAUCAUUUUUGAAAAUUUUCCAAGCCCAUAAAGAAGAAAACUGGGCAUUGCCUAUUAUGUAUGCGAUUACUCUGGAUCUAAGGAAUUUUGCCAAUAGUGCUGACCAACAGCUAACGAAAAAAGGCAAAGGAAAAAUUGGAGAUAUGUUGGAAAAAUCUGCAGAACUGUUAAUGAGCUGCUUCCGAGUGUGUGCCAGUGACACCCGUGCAGCCUUUGAGGACUCAAAAAAGUGGGGAAUGUUAUUUUUGGUCAAUCAGCUUUUCAAAAUUUAUUUUAAGAUCAGCAAACUUCACUUGUGCAAGCCUUUGAUCAGAGCAAUUGAAAGCUCCAACUUUAAGGAAGAUUAUUCCAUCUCACAAAGGGUCACUUACAAAUAUUAUGUUGGUCGGAAAGCCAUGUUUGACAGCGAAUUUAAAAAAGCUGAGGAAUAUCUAUCAUUUGCCUUUAGGAACUGUCUUCGCUCCUGCCAGAAAAAUAAAAGAAUGAUUCUCAUAUACCUACUGCCAGUAAAAAUGCUCCUGGGUCACAUGCCGACCAUUCAACUUCUGAAAAAAUAUGACCUGAUGCAAUUUGCAGAAGUGACAAAGGCUGUCCAGGAAGGGAAUCUUUUACUGCUGACUGAGGCUUUGACCAAACAUGAAACCUUUUUCAUCCGUUGUGGCAUCUUCCUGAUCCUCGAGAAACUGAAGAUAAUCACAUACAGGAAUCUUUUUAAGAAAGUAUAUUUGUUACUCCGAACACAUCAGCUUUCUCUGGAUGCCUUUCUGGUUGCCCUAAAAUUUAUGCAGGUGGAGGAUGUGGAUAUUGACGAAGUGAAUUGUAUCAUAGCUAACUUGAUCUACAUGGGACACAUUAAAGGCUACAUCUCUCACCAGCAUCAAAAGCUUGUGGUCAGCAGGCAAAAUCCCUUUCCUCCCCUGUCAACGAUUAUUUAACAGGCAUCCUGAAGAUGAUGAAUGGUCGGCAGAACACAUGACUAAGGCUUUCAGUUUUUUCUUCUUUUUUUUUCUUUUUCUUUUUAAUAAAUGACAACUUUUUUUUUAAUAUGAACUUGUAAAAGUUAUGUUC